AUGGACUCCGGAGGAUUAGCAACCAUGGUGUUGCUAAGUCUCAAAAUGAGGUCCAUGAAAGGUAUUAACGUUGAAAUAACCAAUGACAUGAUGUCGCUUGGGGGACUCCUCGAAGAGGAUUCCAUUAAAGGGUCGUUUUGCUUAAGCAAACGCGAAUUAGCCCUUUAUCGUAAACCUUCACCAUACAAGCCAUCUUCCUAUCUUGUUUCGAGAUUACGAAAAUACGAAGCAAUGCAUAGAAAGUGUGGCCCUAACACGAAAAAAUACCAAGAAGCCGUCAAGUUGUUGAUAUCUAAUUAUUCAAGCAAUGAACAUGAAGAGGAUUGCAAAUACCUCAUUUGGAUUCCUCCAAAGGGGUUGGGCAAUAAGUUAGUGAGUCUAGUCUCUACAUUUCUAUACGCACUCCUUACCGAUAGGGUUUUGCUACUCGAGCAACAAAUAAGUAUGAAAGAUCUCUUGUGCGAGCCGUUUGAGAAUACAACGUGGCUACUCCCCGAGGAUUUACCUUUGAGGAGUGAAUUCGGGAGUUUGCGACAUGGUUCUCCCUUUUCUUAUGGAAACAUGCUAAAGACGACGAACACAAACAACCAACGUCCUCCUUUUGUAUAUCUUCAUUUGGCUUUCGAUUACGACACUCACGACAUGCUCUUCUUUUGCGACGAGUAUCAAACUCCAUUACGCAAUGUUCCGUGGUUGGUGACGAGAUCGGACCAAUAUUUCGCACCGUCGUUAUUCUUAAUGCCCUUCUUCGAGGAAGAACUCGGAAAGCUAUUUCCCGAGAAGGAUACCGUUUUCCAUCACUUGGGACGAUACUUAUUACACCCUUCUAACGUCGUGUGGGGGCUUGUAAAGAGGUACUACGACUCGUAUUUAGCCAACGCGGAGGAGAGAAUAGGGAUUCAAAUAAGAGACUUCCGCACCACUCCAUUGGGAUUUACGAGGAUGAAGAAACACAUAUAUAACUACUAUCUCCCGCAUUUUUCUCACGACGAAUCGAGCAGCCGUGAGAUAAAGGAUCUUUGUAACGUAACUAGCUUGGACCUACACAUGAUGGAUCGUAUCGUCUCGUGCUUUCUCGAAAACAAACUCUUGCCGAAAGUAGUACAUAAUCGAAAUUACGAUGACACCCUUUCGACAAGAUCGAAAGCGGUGUUGGUAACUUCUUUGACAUCAUCAUACUACGACAAAAUAAGCGACAUGUAUUGGGAUCAUGCGACCGAGACUGGUGAAGGGAUCGGAGUGUACCAACCGAGCCACGAGGGGGUCCAACAUAGCGACAUGACGAGUCACAACGCGAAGGCGUGGGCGGAGAUAUAUUUGUUGAGUUUGAUGGAUGUGGUGAUAACGAGCCCGGUUUCGUCUUUCGGGUAUGUGGCUCAAGGACUUGGAGGGAAAAGAGCGUGGAUGAUAAACGGGCCACACCGAGAAUUUGUGUCGGAUUCGGAACCAUCGUGUUUUCAAGUAGCCUCGAUGGAGCCUUGUUUUCAUAAUCCUCCAUAUUAUGAUUGUAAGGCUAGAGGUAGAGCUGACACUGGAUCAGUGGCUCCUUAUGUGCAACAUUGUGAGGAUUUGAAGUGGGGGCUUAAAUUGGUUGAUGCUCAUUAG